AUGUCAGUAGCACCUUCUUAUCAACAAGAACCAAUUCCAAUGAUGGCUAAUUCUAGACCAUCAUUUCAACCAAUACCAAUGGCACCACAAUAUAAAGAUCAUUCAGUAGACUAUAAUAAUUCAUUUAAAAAAUCCCAAAUUGCAACACCCAUCCAAAACUAUAAUAUGUAUUCACAAUCAAAUAAUUCUGCCAGAACUCGAUCAUCAAUGCAAUCAACAAAGGAAUUUAUUCAACCAUCACGAAUGUAUUCAUCAAAACAACCAGCAAUGAAUAAAAUAUAUCCUUAUAAUUCAAAUCAAUUAUAUUAUCCACAAAAAGAUGUUUAUCCUAAUGAUGAUUUUGAACAAAAUGAUAAAUCGACUUCAUGUUGUUCGCGACCGUUAUGCUUAGGUUUCACACGAUGCACUGGUAUAUCUCUAUUUGGAAUAAUGAUAGUAGUCGGUGCUGCAUCACUCGGUGGUCUUAUUGCUUCAGCUAUUUUAUAUGUUCAAGAUUCAUCUACAGAUUCAUCGUGGAAAGUGUUAGGUAUGGUUGUCUGUUCUGCAAUAUUAAUAGCAAUACUUGUAGCUUUGUGCAUAAUUAUUUGCUGCUACAAAUCUGGUCGAUUUGGUGAUAAUGAAAAUGAAAACCGAUUAACAAAACCUGAAUUUAAUCAAGAAAGCUAUUUUGGAAAAACAAAUAAUUAUAAUCAAUCGUAUAUGUCAUCAAUACCAAAUGGAAUAAUUCACAGUACUUCAUACAACUCGACAAAUGAAGAUGUUAUUCAAGUUGAAGAUAAACAAACAAAUACUGAAACAACUAUGGCUCCUUUACGACCAAGAAAUUUUCAAUGUGGAGUAUGGCCAGCAACCAAUGCAUAUGGACAUGUAUCCUAUCGUCCAGUCGUAAAACCACAAAUGAUUGAUCGUUUUAUACAAACAGCAUCCAAUGAAAUCGAUCAAAUGAUACCACAACAAAAUAAUAGCAUAAUCAGAACUAAACCGAAAACGAUUAUUCUACUACCAGAAAAUCGUCAUCAACAUGAUGAAGAACAAUAUCCAAGUCGUUUUAUUGAACAAAGACCACGAUAUAACAUUGUCGAAAAAAUCAUUAAAAGACCAAAAUUACGUCUAAUAGAAGAAUACGUUGAAUUUGAUGAAUUACCGACAAACGGUAGGAUUCGCAUUGGCAAUGGAAGAAAUAUACCAAGGCCCAUUAAAGUUAUUGUUCAACAUGUAAAAGUACUUGAAGAACCAAAUGUUCUUUAA